AUGAGCAAUAUUUUCAGGACCAGUAGUUUGAAUGAUGGGCCAGUCGAUUUGGUUUUAAGUUGUGUAGACAAUUUUGAAGCAAGAUUUACUAUUAAUGCAGCAUGCAAUGAAAGGAAUUUGACGUGGUUUGAAUCGGGAGUGUCUGAAAAUGCGGUUUCAGGUCAUAUUCAGUUUAUGCUUCCCGGGGAAUCUGCGUGCUUUGCAUGUGCACCCCCUCUGAUUGUUGCUUCCAACAUUGAUGAAAAAUCGCUUAAAAGAGAUGGAGUGUGCGCAGCAAGUCUUCCAACAACCAUGGGCAUAGUGGCAGGUUUCCUAGUUCAAAAUAGCUUGAAAUAUUUGCUGAACUUUGGUCGAGUUACAAACUAUUUAGGUUAUAAUGCUCUAACUGACUUUUUUCCAACCAUGACCCUAAAACCAAACCCCAACUGUGAGGAUUCCAAUUGCAGAUUGAGACAACAGGAGCAUGCCUUGAAACCAAAACCAGAGGUUGCUGUUGAGGCUAAAGAAGAUGAAAAGCCACUUCAUGAAGAUAAUGCAUGGGGUAUAAGCCUUGUUGAUGAGAGUGUAGAGGAUAAGGAAGAAGUUGAUAUUUCUGAGGGUGUUAAAUUGGCAUACACAAUUCCUACCCAAUGCAUAGAAGAAUGUGAAGAAGCCACUCCUUCAAACGAAAGUUUAGAAGAACUUAUGGACCGAAUGAAAUCCAUUUGAAUGAGUAUAUCAAAUUUUUGAUACUAAUAAUAUUUAAGAUUAUAAUUUUUCAUACAUUUAUUUUUUCAAAACUGAACAUAGUAGUAAUCUUGUUCUUCAAAAUACAGUCUGUAUUUUUUUUAACAUAGAAGGGUGGUAUGGUAUUUUUUUUAACCUUAAGACAAUUUGUAAUUAUAUUUCUCUCAGCUCCAAUAAU